UUGGGAAGUGUCAUUUCGGGCAAGGCCAUGGUUUGUUUACAACAAAAGCUGGACAGUGGGUCCAAGCCUCGGGCCCUGGGACGUCUUCGGGCUUGUAACGUCACCGUCGCUGGCCGCUGCGGCGCUCCGCAGCCUGCGGGCAGGAUGACGUCAUCGUCGGAACCGGUGCAGACAAGCGCGCGCGGGAGGAAUUAGCUUGGCUGGCGGUUGGCGGCGCCGGGAAAGAGAGGAGAAACCAAUAGAGAGGCAGAAGCGGGGCGGGGUCUGCACUGCCAGGGCGGGGUGCCCAGCCCCCUUACGGACUGGCCCUGCCCCCUUACGGACUGGCCCCGCCCCACCGUGACAGACGCGAGCCAGCCAAUCCGGGCCGGCUGCGGUGACGCGCAGCCUAUCAGCGGCCAGGGCUCAUCGGGCGCUUCCGCAUUGCGAGCGCGUCCGGCCGGAGUUCGCAGGGGAGGGUGAGAGGGCGACGCGUUCCACGGUCACCCACGUUCAUCCCACCCGGCUUGGCCGGUCUGUGGGGGGCCCGCCUUCUCCCUGGGGACCCGAUGGCCUCGGAAGACCUGUCAGGGGCGCUGGCGGCCGUUCUGGGGGGCCGGGGGCUGCGCGUGCAGAGCUAUGACUCGGGACCGGCCGGGGAGACGCCGGCGCAGGUGCGGCUGCGGAAGAACGUCUGUUACGUGGUGCUGGCCGUGUUCCUCAACGAGCAGGAUGAGGUGCUACUGAUCCAGGAGGCCAAGAAGGAGUGCCGUGGGUCGUGGUACCUUCCCGCGGGGAGGAUGGAGCCCAGGGAGACUAUUGUGGAGGCGCUGCAGCGGGAGGUGAAGGAGGAGGCCGGGCUGCAGUGUGAGCCUUUGACGUUGCUGUCUGUGGAGGAGCGGGGCCCCUCCUGGAUCCGCUUUGUGUUCCUCGCUCGCCCCACAGGUGGAAUUCUCAAGACUCCCAAGGAGGCAGAUGCGGAGUCCCUGCAGGCUGGCUGGUACCCACGAACCUCGCUGCCCACCCCGCUGCGAGCCCACGACAUUCUGCAUCUGAUAGAGCUAGCCGCCCAGUAUCGCCAGCAAGCCAGGCACCCUCUCCUUCUGCCCCAAGAGCUUCCCUGCAGUCUCGUCUGCCAGCGGCUUGUAGCCACCUUUACCAGUGUCCAGACAGUGUGGGUGUUGGUGGGCACAGUGGGGAUGCCUCACUUGCCCGUCACCGCCUGUGGCUUUGCUCCCGUAGAGCAGCGGGGUGGCAUCAAGAUGGCCGUCCUGCGUCUGCUACAGGAGUGUCUGACCCUGCACCACUUGGCAGUGGAGACCAAGGGGUUGCUUGGACUGCAGCACCUGGGCAAAGACCAAACCGAUGGCAUCUGCCUGAACGUGCUGGUGACGGUGGCUUUUCGGAAUCCAGGCUCCUGCCUCUGCCUUGGUACAACUCCAGCCCAAAGCCAGACCAAAACCCUCUUCAUUUCCCCUCCGCUCAGCUGAAUCAUGGCAGCCGGGUGCAGGUCAGUGACAUCGGAACUGUGUGAGGAAGAGUCAUCUGGCGGGUGUGUAGGAGACGGACACAGGAUGAAUGCUUAGCAGACCAUUAUGACAAGAGGAGGAAGCAAUCACACUGAAUCAGAGGCCUUGAAGUAUUCCCCCGGCCUUGGCGGCCCAGGCAGUCUUGUCUUCUCUCAAAGUUCGCUGUGGGGACCACGACUCUUACAGGAGUGGCACCUCGCACAGUCGUUCCAAACACACUGUCCAUAUGGAGUGACUGCAUCUUAUCACGUUCUACGUGAUGCUAUUACUGUUGGGUGAGCAGUCAUCUCUCCAGGAGACUGUGAGCUCCCUGGGGGCCAGAGUUCUGUUUCUGCCUGCCCCUAAAGGGCUCUGCAUAGAGUGAUUACUCAUUGAUAUUUACUAAAUAUCUCAGCAAACUCCUUCAGCCCCUUCCAUAGUUCCUUGUCUCUGGGAAACCCCUCUGACCACGCUACAGUCAUCACAGAAGCCUGUGAUGGGGUCUCGUCUAGCCUUAAAAUUCAUUUACAGUCUCCUAAAGCCUUAAGCUGGACUUAAAUCAAAAAACCACAAUCCAGGGACUUCCCUGGUGGCACAGUGGUUAAGAAUCCGUCUGCCAAUGCAGGGGACACGAGUUUGAGCCCUGGUCGUGGAAGAUCCCACGUGCCGCAGAGCAACUAAGCCCGUGUGCCACAACUACUGACCCUGUGCUCUAGAGCCCGCGAGCCACAACUACUGAAACCCGUGUGCCACAACUACUGAAGCCCACGCACCUAGAGCUGGUGCUCCGCAACAAGAGAAGACACCGCAAUGAGAAGCACGUGCACCGCCAACGAAGAGUAGCCCCCGCUCGCCACAACAAAGACCCAACGCAGCCAAAAAUAAAAAAAAAAAUAAAUAAAUAAAAUCCAGCAAGAAAAGGAGAAACAGGAGAACAAAGGUUAGCCAAAACAGACCGUUAGAGCUAAGAAAGCAGGGGGGUAA